AUGGCCGACACGCCGCAGUCAACUGCUGGUGCAGAUCCCAAGGAAGCCCAGGUACUGGAACAGCACUUGGACCCCGGUUACGAGUUUGCUGCCGACUUCCACCCGGCAACGCCAUUAUCACAGGAGGAGGGCCCAGGAAGCUCUUCCAACUCCUUCCGUCAGGCACCGGAAUCGUCAUUGCGUUUACAGGGCGGCGACAUCCACCGCGAUCUGUACAAGAUUGCUGGCCAGGCCAGGCGGCAGAAGCUGCAUCAACGAGCAGCGACCUUUUCAGGCGCGCAUCACCGCGCACCUCGGGUUUCUGAGUCUGAUGUUGACCAUGACGAGCUCCCAAUUCGAGAUCAACUCGCCCCUGGCGGUAUGAGACGGCAAUUUCUGCAGCGGCAAAGCAAGCGUGUUAGCUACAUCUCAGAACCGGUCACGCGGAACUUCAUCUCGUUUCUGGCUUUGUACGGCCAGUUCGCAGGCGAGGACCUUGACGAGACAGACGACGAAGAUGCCCUUGAAGAUGAGGAAGAAGAAGAGCAAAACGAGCGAAGGCCACUGCUCGGCCGACGACAAAGCUCCAAGAGGCUGAGGGCCCAGGGCGAUGCCUCGCAAAUGAUUACUUUCUUCACCCUGUUGAAAGCAUUUAUUGGCACUGGCAUCAUGUUCCUGCCGAAAGCAUUCAAAAACGGCGGAAUGUUGUUCUCGUCAAUCACAAUGAUCGUAGUAUCCGCUGUUACCGCACUCUGUUUUGAAUUGCUUCUGUCGUGCAGGAAGCGAUACGGAGGCGGCGGUUAUGGAGAUCUCGGCCAACUUGUCGUUGGACCCAAGUUCCGCGCCCUGAUUCUUGUUUCCAUCACCCUCUCGCAAAUUGGUUUCGUCUGCGCUGGUCUCAUCUUUACGGCAGACAAUCUGGCUUCGUUCCUUGACGCUGUCUCACAUACAAAAGACGCACCACUCUCUACCAACGCGCUCAUUGGUAUCCAACUCAUCGUGCUAAUUCCGCUGGCGUUCAUUCGGAACAUCUCCAAGCUUGGCCCCGCCGCUCUCCUCGCCGACAUCUUCAUCCUCUUUGGCCUGAUUUACAUUUACUGGUACGACGUUUCAUCGAUCCGUGAAAUGGGCGGCUUCCACCCUUCCAUCGAACUCUUCAAUCCCCGAGACUUCACCAUGACCAUCGGCUCGGCUAUAUUCACGUUCGAAGGCAUUGGACUGAUUCUUCCCAUCCAAUCGAGCAUGAAGCAGCCGGAACACUUUAGCAAGCUUCUCUACCUCGUCAUGCUCAUUAUCACAGUCAUCUUCACCUCCGUAGGCGUUCUCUGCUACGGCACUUUCGGCGACCACGUUUCUGUCGAGGUCAUCACCAACUUCCCACAGGAUAGCAAACUGGUCAACGCCGUGCAAUUUCUCUACUCCCUGGCCGUCCUAGUCGGCACACCGGUCCAGCUCUUCCCUGCUAUGCGUACGAUUGAGCUUAAGGUCUUUGGCCGUGCGUCAGGAAAGAAGAGCAACCUCACCAAGUGGAAGAAGAACGCUUUCCGAACCGUGCUGGUGUUAUUCUGCGGCAUCAUUGCCGCAGUCGGAGCAAGCGAUCUUGACAAGUUUGUUGCGCUCAUUGGAAGCUUCGCUUGUGUGCCGCUGGUGUACAUCUACCCAGCCUAUCUCCAUUACAAGGGUGUAGCUGAGCGGCCAUGGGUGAAGUUUGGGGAUAUCGCCAUGAUGGUAGUUGGUCUUGUUGCUAUGGUAUAUACCACGAGCGUUACAAUUGCCAGGUGGGCUGAGACAUAA